UCACAAAUUUGAAACGAUAGAUUUAGCUGUAAUAACAAAGGGCGAGUUGACUCAAUACUAUAAUUAAUUACACUCUAUUUCUGUUGUUGUCAAAAAAACGGCUCUAUAAAUUUCCUGAACUAAGCUAGACAAGGCUAACAGAUUACAUAAACCAUGGCUCGUACCAAGCAGACAGCUCGAAAGUCUACUGGAGGGAAAGCCCCUCGUAAGCAGCUUGCUACCAAGGCAGCCCGUAAGAGUGCCCCCUCUACAGGUGGAGUCAAGAAACCUCAUCGUUACAGGCCAGGUACUGUUGCCCUUCGAGAGAUCCGUCGCUACCAGAAGAGUACUGAGCUGCUCAUCCGCAAGCUGCCAUUCCAGCGUCUGGUCCGUGAGAUUGCUCAGGAUUUCAAGACUGAGUUGAGGUUUCAAAGUGCUGCUAUUGGUGCUCUGCAGGAGGCGAGCGAAGCUUACCUAGUUGGUCUCUUUGAGGACACCAACCUGUGCGCCAUCCAUGCCAAGCGUGUCACCAUCAUGCCCAAGGACAUCCAGCUGGCUCGUCGCAUCCGUGGAGAACGUGCUUAGACGCAACCUCCAUCAUCAAUCUUGCUGUCAUUCUUCAAAAUCAUUGUUUGCACUUUAAAUUUCUUCAUCUUCACCUUGUUUGCACUUGUUGACUUUUUUUAGAAAACAUUCUUUCCUGGCAAUAUUUUAGAUUGGAUAUGGUUAUUAUGAUUGGUCAAAGGAGAUUUUUACCAUCCACUGAGUUUUUGGUAUAGCAUUUAUAUACACACAAACACACAUGUUCCCAAAAAUGAGUAGGAAAUAUGCAAUUUCAUCCUUUUAAUAUUUAGCGAGUAUUUUUACCUUUCUCUCUGUAUGUCUAAAAAUGACCAUACACUUUUAUUAAAAAAUGGGAAAUAAACUCCAAAUUUUCAGAGCCAGACGAUCUAUAUGUCUAUAUGUCAUAGUUAUCAAAUGGAGAUGAAAACAGCUAAUUGGAGUGCUCAAAAUUACUGGCAGACUGGGAAUUCAAUGUGAAUAGAUUUUUAUUACAGGAUACUUACAUGGCCCAAUCACCACAAAAUGAAAUACAGUAUCUUUGUUGUAAUGAAGAUUUUGAGACACCACCAUAUUUAUCCAUAAUGUGAAUUUCCAUACAAUAUCACUGUUCUAAUAACAGGAAAAGGCAAGGAAAAUUAUAUGUCAGGAAGGAUUGAAUGUAUUGUACAUAAGUUAUCUUUCAAGUUUUAGAAUAGUAUUCUUGUGAAUCCGUUUGACUGUUUAUCCUAGAUCAGAUCGUAACAUAGUAGACAGUGUAUUACAUGUGUUAUCAAAAAAGAAUGUAAAUUAACAGAAUGAUGGGUGCUGUGAUAAAAUACAACAUUUCUUUUAUAAGCUGAAGCCAUGAGAUUUUGUUUGAAAUUUAACGUCUUUGUUGAGGCUUUUUUUUUACAUUGUUGUUUUGUUUAUAUACUCCGAGUAUGCUAUUGGUGCUCGUUCAUUACAUGAGUAGAGUUUAUUUAACACCAUCGAUAUCCAAUAAGUUUAAUAUGCUUCUCAUUUAUUCAUGACAGGAUUGGUUAUUCAAGUAACUGUUGCAUAAAUACAUGUACAUGUAGUCGCAAUCCUUAAUAUUAAUAAUUAUACCUGAAUCCAUGUUUUAUGUUAUAUCAUUCAAGGUAGUGAUUAAUUUUACAAACCUCCAACAAAAAAUUAGUAAGGGCAUACUGUCUUGAUAAUGAUCAUCUUGUUUGUAAAACCAAACGUUUAAUUAGUUUCCAAGGAGAUACAUAUUUUUUUGCAUUCUGAUGUAAUUCAGCGAGGACACUUGACAUUCUAUUAAAAAAAAGUUGAGAGAGGAAAACUCUGUCCCAGAUUUUUAAACUUUUGAUUUGCUCUUGCCCCUAACAUUUGCCAUGGAGAUACAUGUACAUGUAUCAUGUGUUUUAGUAAUUCAUGUCAUAUCAGUUUUUUUUUUUUUUAAUUUUAAGUAUUAUUCAUUGUGUGGGCUGCUAGUGGGUGAAUAGUUAAUUGUUUGUAAGCUUUUACUAAUGUAUUGUAUGUAAGAUCCCUUGGUACUUCAUGUAAAACUGAUUCCAGAUGAAAUGCACUCACAAAGGACCAAAGGAUUCUGAUUUUAAAGUUUGUACCAUUCCUAUAUAUGCAAGUUUGGUCAAGUCAUAUUCAGUAUUUUCUUAAUGUGUGUUUAUUGGUUUAGGGGUGAAACACUAUCCACUUCACUCUCAGGACUACCUCUGCUAACUUCUCUGCUGCAUUACAAUAAUAACAUUAUAUCUAGAAAGUAUAGUCUUUCAAACAUUUCACACAUAUCAUCCACAAGUAUGUUUCAACAUAAUGUGCUAAACCACAAUACAAACAAAAGAUUUUCAUUCAAACUGUAAGAUAUGAAUAACCUGUUAAUCAGCUGGCCUAUCAAUCUUUAUGUACAAGUAGUGCUUUUGUGGUAGUUUUACAAUAAAUUAAAAAACGUUGUGAA